GGAAGCGAUAGACCAGUUCCGCCAGCAGUACCCCAUGGACGAGCGCGCCUACGACUACCUGAGGACCUCCCCGCCGGAGGUCCAGCAUCGUGUAGUGACCACCUUCAAAGUGUCCAGUGACAGCGGCCAGACCGACUUUUCACGAGCAGUCACCGGCCACAUCAGGUUCUGCCUCCAGCAGCACAGGUCGCAGACCAGCUCCCCCAUGGCGCUCCCCCCGGGGUCCACGGCGGAGCAGACGCUGCAGAUGAUAGCGGACUUCCACGCCAGGUACCCGAUGGAUGAGCGGGCCCUGCAGUACCUGCUGAAUUCUAGCGGGGAGGCGAAGCAGCGUGUGCUCACCGAGUUUCGGCCGUCGGGGACCGUCGACGGGGACUACUCGAAAGCGGUGACGGCUUUUGUCAGGAGGUGCCAGGACGAGGCGAAGCUCGGCGGCAAGGGCGGCCGCUUCGGCGCGCACGCCGGCGGCAUGGGGGCCGGCGGCUUCGCCCCCAUGGGCGGCGGCUACUCGCCGGGCGGCGACUACGGGGCCUCGGGCUUCCAAGGCGGCUCGGCCGUGUCCAGCGUGGAGCAGACGGCCCGGCAGCUGGUGAACCUGCUGGGGCAGGUCGGCGGUCAAGGCCCCGCGUCGAUGCAGGCGCAGAGCUUGGUGCAGCAGGCGCUGCAGACCGUGGCGGCGGCGGCGGAAGAGAGCGCACGGAAGCGGCCGCGGCUGGACGGGCCCGCGGCGAUGAUGCAAGGAGGCGCGCCGCAGCCGAUGCUGAGGCCUGGCGGCGGCAUGGGCGGCUUGCGCCCUGGAUUCAGCGGCGGCAGGCCCGCAUCGCAGUGGGGCGGCAUGUCGGGCAUCUGAGCCGUGGGCCGCCGGCGGGAAGCCCCCCCCCUUCCUCGGGAGCGCCACUUCUCGAUCCUCGUCGUUCCUCGUUUGCCCGCUCCGUCUUCGCGCUCCCGCUCCCACGCCUGCUCGGCAGCCUCGCAGCCUCCCCAAUUCUGCGCCUUACAACGUAUUAUUGCGCGCUGCGCCGGACGACGUAUUAUUGCGCGCUGCGCCGGGACAUGAGCCGCGGCGAGAUUCCGCCGCGCGCGGCCCAGG